AUGGUGCUAUUUUCAUCAUGCUAUGGAUAUCAAUCGAACGACAUAAUCUCACAUUUCAUUCAAAUUUCAUCCGAACAUACUUACAACUUGUGUGGAGGUGUAUGCUUUUGUGAUAUUAUACCGUCAUGGUACAUUUGGUAUGAAUCAACUGUGAAUUAUGUUGUUCCAAUCUUACUUAUUGUUGCACUUAGCUUUGCUCUUCAUGGUGCGUAUUUUAAUGCAGAAACGUCGUCCAAAGCAGAAUUUUCAGUGGUAUCAAUAUCGGACGAUGAUUAUUCAAUUUGCUCUCACCUUGGUAAUAACUUCAUAUCACCUAAUAUAACCCAUUUCACAUGUGUUCCACCAAUAAUUCUGCCGUAUGCUAAACUUAUAACAUUACCGGAUGCAAAGAAGAAACUGCGUGUCCUUCUCAUUUAUAAAAAUAACUACCGAGGUGUGGCACCAAGAACUCUCUUUUCAUUCUGUCGUUCAUUGCACGCACACACGUGCGCGCAACUUGAUAUCGAACAACCAUUUAGAAGAAUGGCUUUGAAUAAGAGAAUUCUAGCGGCUGCAUGUGCUGGUCUGAUGGCUAUUGCUUGUAUACUUUAUAUCAUCAGUAAUGCGUUACCUGCGUGGUCUGUGGUAAAGAUAAAUUUAGAAAAUGCUGAAUCAAGGAAAACGAGUAAUGGUCUAUGGCGUUCAUGUUCAACAAGUGAUGCAGGAAUUCAAAUAUGUCUCGAUCCAUCCAGCUUAUGUCCUUUAGCAGAAGGAGAAGCCGCUAGUUCAUGUCAUAAGAUGGCGGCAGCUAAAACAUUCAUUACAUUGGCCUGUAUCUUUUCAGCGAUUUCUGCAUUAUGCCUUGUGGCGUGUAUAAUAGAAUCUAUCAAUAAAAAUACAAUAGUAGUUACAUUAAUUAAAGUUCUUCCAAUUCUCUCCUUGGUAGUGGGUAUUAUUGGUCUUGCAGUUGGUAUUUCCUAUGCUACUUACAUUGGUUCACUUCCUGCUGAAGUAUCGCUUGGUGCUGCAUCAAUAUUGGCAAUUAUAGCUGUUGUCAUUAACUUAAUUGCUGCUAUUUCAGCACUACUAAUUCGUUAA